CAGUGGAAUAGGGUUAGCACAUCUUUUGUUAUCGCUGUUGAAUCUAUUUUCAGAGAAGUAUGAUCGAGAAGAAAUACCUUACUCUUUUAUCUUUCGCCAUUUUAACAUUUUUGAAUUUGAAAUUUCAAAUGGAGGUGACAGUGUCCACAAAAAGCCCAAAAAUCUUAGAACACGAUAAUUUUGAAUGCCUAGUAAAUCAAGUUGGAGGUUGUUUGCUGGGCACUAAAACCUUGUACUGUACUGGACCGCCUGGACAACUCAUCUGUGGACCAAGAACUAGGAAAUAUGCCAUGUUUUUUUAUAAAUUCAUUUAUUUUCCAGUACAAUUUAGGCCUGAAUGCUAUAGUUAAUACCGUGAUGGUAAGGCUGGGCAAAGUUCCGUUAAUGAACUGCAAGUUUUUGAAGAUUAACAAAAGAUUCUGUUAUUAUGAAUUUUCUUAUUGUUGACAAAAGGCUUUUUUGUUAAUUUUUCUGCUUAAAAUACCUCGAACUGGAUGGUCAGAACAUUCAGUUCUGUGCUAAGAAUGAAAACUAAACAGACAUCUGAAAAUUGAGUGUUUUGAAUGGUUUUUGCUUACCGGAAAUGAACUGUUUUGAACAGGUUUAGCUAACUGGAAAUGAACUGUUUUGAACAGGUAUAGCUAACCGGAAAUGAACUGUUUUGAACUGGUAUAGCUAACCAGAAAUGAACUGUUUUGAACAGUGUAUACUUACUUUUACAUGGAUUUAUUUUGAUCAGUUCUGUGCUUAAGACUGGUUGCAAUGGGAGAUUAGGAAAUGUAAUGAUGGCGUAUGCUACUCUUCUGUAUCUCUCUAAGGCAUCUAAGUAUGGUUUAACAGCAAUAUUAACGAAGUAUCAGGCAGAAAUGAUGGACAAUUCUUUUCAAUCUGAUGCAUAUAUUUUUAAAGAAGGUAUUGUUGAUGCAAAGGGACCUGUGGAAGGAAUAGCAUCAAUGAACGAGUAUGGAGAAUACUUUUAUGAUUCAUUUCUUGAAAAUAUUAAUAAAUAUCAGUUUAAUAAGAUACUUGAUGUAGGUGUAUACCCUUCACCUUUUCAUCUUUUCUAUACAAUUCAAGACGAGUUGAAAAAUCACUUUCAUUUUCACACUGAAAUACAGAAUGCUGCUUUUGAAGCUAUGGAACAGUCUACUGUGAAGAUUAGGGAGAAAUAUCAUGGCAAGAAAAUAGUAAAAAUAGCUGUUCACGCCAGAAGAGGAGAUUAUUUGAAUUCCCAGAAUGUGAAAAUCAACACUAUUAUGCGUGAUGAUGAGAUGUGGAGAAAAUACUUUUUUUACUGCAUUAAUUUAUUCAGGAAUCGUAUUGAUAAUGAAUCUACAAAAACUGUAUUCUAUAUGGCAAGUGAGGACACUAAGUGGCUCAAAGAUAACUUUGGUCAAGAACCUGAUAUUGGAUUUCCAGGAGAAAUAUCAAAUCUUCCAGAUAAAAAGAUGCCCUCAAGAGAUUUAUUUAUGCUAAUACAAUGUGAUCAUAUGAUCAGAUCAUAUGGUACUUAUGGCUUAUGGGGAGGACUAUGGAGCACUGGAACUGUUAUGUAUGCUACCACUGGCCAACAUAUUAUAGACGAAGUGAUUUCUGAUCGUGUCAAUAGUUCAAGCUGGGAGGCUGUGGACCUGAAUAGAUUCAUGACAUCAACCACAACAACAACAACAACAACAACAUCAACAACAAUAGCAUCAACAACAACAACUACAACAAGUACAUCAACAUCCGCCAUUGGUCCAACUGGACCCUGAAUGAUUAGUCAGUUUUGAGACAGUUUAUUGAGAAAACAAAUUAUUCUGAUUUGUUUUUGACUUUGCAACAAAUUUAGAAAUGGGAUCAUUUAGCAUAAUUCAACAAACAAAAACCGUUGGAAAGAAAUUUUUAAAGCUGUGAACUUUUAGUACCCCCCCCCCCCCCCACUGA